CACAUGCACAGCUACCCAUUUUUAAAAACAAUGAUCUGUGCCACACCAGACCACCACGGAAAAUGGCGACUGUGAAGUAGAUGGAAGACGAAAGUCAGAAAUUAUCAAAUGCACGGAAUUCCUUGUCUCCAGUCUCCAUCUACACCGUUGUGGGGUCAUGGCAGCUGAAAUGUCAUGUCUGACUGGUGUUGAUGGAGAUGAAAAAGAUGCAGAUCCCGACAUCAAUGCCCUCAUCCUUCUGCAAGAGCCAGUGAAAAUGGCAGAAGAAUCAACCCCUUCCAAUGACUCUUUUUACAAAACUUCCCAACAGGAAUCCAGUGUCCUAGAUGUCCUGUCAAACUCUGAUAUGUUGUCCCCAGUUGGCUUGGGAAAUGGACUUUCUUUACACGAGCCAACACAGGCAGAUGAAGUCAACACCAUAAUGUUGGAGAAAGAUGAGGAAAAAAGCAUAACGCAGUUAAAAACUGUGCAAGAAAUAGAUACAGCUGGAAUUUGGGAUUUUGAUGUCCAAUCACCAGAAAACUCAUCAGAUGGCUUAAGCAGUACAAGUGACCUUCAGUGGGACCCCCGUAGAGAGUUUAUGCACUUUUUGUGGGAAAACCACAGUGAUUCUUCUGGUGAAGAGCCGAAAAAGGAAUUGCAGUCUCGAAACAGCCAGAGUAGAAGGAAACGGAAAAUGGACAUGGUUAUGAUGGUAGAUCCCUCAGAGGACCUGUACCCUGAUUUGACUCACAAGUCAUCUGAGGAUUUUUCUGAUAAAGAACAUGUGGAGUCCAUUUCUCUCAAUGUCAGACAGUCAAGGACUAUAUUCAAGUUUCAGACAUCCCAGACGGAGAAUGUUCCAAAUUAUCCCAAUGGAACCAUGAAGGCUAUCAAGCAAGUUCUUCGCAGUGCACCUGGAAGACAUUCACACAAGUACAACCCAAGUCAUGGUCUUUCACCAUUUAAGGGCAGGCUCACAAUAAAUUCCCAUUCUGAAGACAAAGCAUCUCAUUACCCGUGCUCAAAAUGCAAGCUCGUUUUCAAGAAGGGCCAUCAUUUGCAACGCCAUAUGAAAAGUCAUGAAGAGCCGCCAAAUAAUUUGCCAAAAACCUUUAUUUGUAGAGAAUGCGGAGAGUCUUUCAGACAAAGUAGCGUACUCAUUGAGCAUGUGAACACACACCAUGAAAAACGAUCAACAAUACCUGACAAACUCAAAGGGUGGACUGAUGAUGAUGAACACGAGGAUGCAAAGCUUUUUUGCCCUCAGUGCCCAUUCGGAACUAACUGCCCCAAAACGUUUGUGCAGCAUGCAAAAACCCACGCGAAGGACAAGAGACUCUUUAAAUGUGACAAAUGUAACUUCAGAACUCUGAGUUGGGCUGAUCUUGGGCGGCACAUUAUACAACACACUGAUUAUGCUGUUAAAAAAGAAACUAAGGACGACGAUUCCGAUAUCUUCUCCUGUAACAUUUGUACUUACAAAGCUUUCAGCAAAACUAUUUUUAAAAAUCACCUUUGGCGGCGCCACCAACUAGAGUUUGAGGAAUACCAAGUCGAGCAGUUUGGCGAGAUCGACGCACAACCAUCCGAAGAGCUUCACAUUCCUCCUUGCGCACACAUAGAAGAUGCAGAGUUGACGUCAAAAAUUAUGAUCAAGAAUCAAGUCUCUUUAAAAAGAGAUUCUGCCGCUGAGUCAAACAACAUUUUAGAUUUAUUCAAAAAUAACAAGAUCAAGAGAGGUUUAAAGUCCCAACUCACUGAAUCCAAACUGGACAAAUCCAUUAAUGUUCUGCUUUCCCGACAAAAACACAGAAAGAAUACUGCAGAACAGAUUAAAGCUGCUCAUGAUUCAACAUGUGUAAAUAAUUCUGAUCAAGGAGCAGCGUCACCAGAUAAGGAAGAUACAACUUUCUCAACAAAUGGCCUCAGAGGAUCAUCACAUGGGGCUGAAAGAGUUCCUAACAAAGGCAGUUGGCCCAACUGCAUCCCAGAUCGAUCGCCCGUCAAGAAGUCCCCAUCCAAAAGAAAGAUGUCAACACCAUAUCGCAACAUGUCUGACCAAGAGUCAUGCUUUGUCUCGCCAAAUCCUUUGCCAACCCCUAAGAGACUAAACCAAGAUCAGGAAGAGUGCAACAAAAAAGACAUUUUCCACUUUAAAGAUGCAGAUGAUCUUGAGAAGGGUGUAAAUCAAGAGAAUCAUAAUAUAAUUUAUACUUACAGCAGAAGAAUGUCCAUACGUGGUGCUCUGCAGGCAUCAAAGAGACUCUUUGAGAAAGUGAAGAAAGAAGAUCAGGACGACAAAGAUCCCAAAAUCAAAGAAGAAUGCAUUGAAACGGAAGUGUUCCAAGAAGCCUUUGAUACGUCCCCAGUGCCAUUGACUGAUUCCUAUGUGGGCGACACGCCAAAGGUGGACUUGGACUGCAAGAACUGUCCGUACUGCCCAGCAGUCUUCCAAUCGGGAGUGAGUUUGUCCAAUCAUGUGAGAGGCCAUCUUCACAGGGUUGGACUGACCUACACGGCACGCCACGUUCUGACUCCUGAGCAAGUGGCUUGUGAAGACAGGCCGAAGGUUAGACGGAAGAUAGCAUCAUUCCGGAAGCUAAAAAAAGUGUUGCAGUUGCAGCCUGAUUCUGAGGAGACAGACACCUACUCCUGCCCGUUAUGUGGCGACGUAUUUGAUAAUAGGAAAGGACAGUCCAACCACGUACGUGGCCACCUCAAAAAGAUUGGUCGAGCCCAUUUAUCAAAGAACAAAUCCCCCAUAAUUGUACUCAAGGAGUUGAUGCGCAACAAGAAGGAAUAUUUGAGAGCUGUUCAUAUUCUAGGAAAAAGACGAAAUAAUUUUCAUUAUGGUGCUAAUCAUUUCACACCAUCCUCAUAUGGAAUCCCCCAAGAUAAAACAGACUCAAGGGUGUGCGCUGAUGUCAAACCACUCAUGCCUGCAUAUUCAGUAUUGGAAACAGACUCUGGCAAAAGGCAAAUACAGACUAAGGUCGAGGAGCACGAGUCACUCACAGACACGAGCGCAUUAAUAGGAAUUCUGAAGAAGAGAAAGUGCCAGGAUGACAGCAAACCCAAGGGGAUGUUGAAUAUAUCGAGGUAUUCGGUAGCAGUUUCCUCCAACAGUGAACCGAGUUCAGGAACAAGAGUCACGUCUUCACUGCCAAUGCCAAUAUCAGAGAAAGGUGAAUUCAACCGAAAGGUGUGUAUCCAUUGCGGCGCAACUUUCCACAGUGGCGUUAGCCUUUCUAACCAUCUGCGAGCAUGUGCAAAACGGAAAAGAACGGCCUUGCUCGAGGGUACCGAGUUUGAUUGUAAAGCAAGGAGGCAGCGUUUAAGGCCCAGCUCAAAGAAGAAGGUGCCUCCGUUAACACAAACUCCAGAGGAAAUGUACAGACUUACAUGCAGGUUCUGUGACCUGGUCUUCCAGGGUCCUUUGUCUGUCCAGGAGGACUGGAUCAAGCAUUUACAGAGGCACAUAAUGAACACUGGUGUUCCUCACACUGGGCUGGGCAUGAUGGAGGUCACUUCGAUACCGACCACCGGCUUGGCUUCUUGCGUCAAAACGGACCCGGAGAGCUUGCAGCCGACCAACGCACUCACCGCCUCCUGAAGA